AUGUAUGAGGCUGAUUAUAAUGCAAUGUACAAGCCUGAAUUUCUGGAUCUCCCUAAUGUUUGCAACUAUGGACUUCAGUCAUCAGUCAAUGACGGUGCUUUACAUAUUGGAAUGAAGUUCGCAUCGAAAGAGGAAGCCAUGAUGGCAAUAAAGAUUCAUGGAGUUGAAGACGGUUUUGGAGCGCACGAGCAUGCAACGACCGGGAUUUUUGAAGUGGAACCGAGGCAGUGUCCCGGUUUCACAUUUAGGAAAUCCAUCUUGAUCGGGAGGACGGAUUUAGGUCCGAAAGACGUCCGAGCGUUUAUGGAGAAACUCGCUAAAGAGUACUCGGGGAAUUCGUACCAUCUCAUCUCCAAUAACUGCAACCAUUUUUGCAAUGAUGAGUGUGUUCAGUUGACAUCGAAGCCGAUUCCGCGAUGGGUUAAUCGUCUUGCUAGAUUGGGUUUCCUUUGCAACUGUGUUCUUCCAGCGGGGUUUAACGAGACAAAAGUUCGCCAAGUUAGAUCCGGUCAAGAGGCCGAGAAGAAGAAGCUGAGUGGCCAUUCAAGUAGAUAUAUGUCUUCCGCUAACCCUCUACCCAACUCCACAACAUCCGGAUCCUGUAGACAAAAGCUACAUCUUCGAUCAUCAUUGUCGUCGUCGUUUUUGAUUCACAGUUCGUCAAGUUUGAGAUUGAAGGUCUAAAAAUAGUCGGUCACCAUGG